GCUUAACGCGAUUUUCAAACAACAAUUCACAGGAGGCUGAACCGUAGCAACAGAAGGAGGAAGUCACCUUUCUAAAGUUCAGUAAAGCACACCGGCUAUACCUGGUAGUAAAGUAGAGGAGGCAGUCGCUGCUGUGCUUUCAGGAAAAUGUCAAGAACUGCUGCUAACGGCAACUCAAAAACACAUUUGAACCAGAAUGGACUGAAAAGCGAAGACAUCAAGAAAAAUGGCUAUCACAACAAGAGAGAGAAAAAUGGCCCAGGGACUAGUGUUGCCUCCAGGCAGCACAGACAGGAGUCCUUUGAACAGGCGCCCAUGUACGUGGCUGUCAUGACAUACCUGGGCUUUGGCAUCGUCACCCUAUUUGGCUACCUCAGAGAUUUCCUCAGAGCUGUGGGCUUAGAGAAGUGCCACCUUGCCCAGGAAAGAGAGGAACAGAAGGAUUUUGUGCCACUUUAUCAAGAUUUCGAGAACUUCUACACUCGAAACCUGUACAUGAGGGUACGAGACAACUGGAACCGUCCCGUAUGCAGCCUGCCAGGGCCUGUGUUUGACCUGAUGGAGAGGGUGUCUGAUGACUACAACUGGACAUUCAGGUUUACUGGGAGGACAAUACACAAUGCCGUCAACAUGGGCUCUUACAACUACCUCGGUUUUGCUGAGAACAAAGCUGAUUUCCUGAAAACUGUGGCAGACAAAAUCCACCAGUAUGGAGUUGGGGUUUGCAGCACAAGGCAGGAAAUAGGUAACCUGAGCAUCCAUGAAGAGCUGGAGAAACUUGUGGCCAGUUUCCUUAGAGUAGAGUCCUCCAUGACUUUUGGGAUGGGUUUCGCCACCAAUUCAAUGAACAUUGCUGCACUUGUUGGCAAGGGUUGUUUGAUACUGAGCGAUGAGCUCAAUCACACAUCUCUCAUCUUAGGGGCCAGACUGUCGGGAGCAACCAUCCGGGUGUUUAAACACAACAACAUGCACAGUCUUGAAAAGAUGCUAAGAGAGGCGGUUUGCUCAGGGCAGCCUCGGACUCACAGGCCCUGGAGGAAGAUCCUCAUCAUGGUGGAAGGCAUCUAUAGCAUGGAAGGAUCAGUGGUGCGACUUCCAGAGAUCAUCGCUCUGAAGCAGAAGUAUAAAGCGUAUCUGUACCUGGAUGAAGCCCACAGUAUCGGAGCAGUGGGACCAUCAGGCCGGGGUGUGACCGAGCUGUUUGAUGUGAACCCAGCUGAUGUGGAUGUGAUGAUGGGCACCUUCACCAAGAGCUUUGGGGCUGCUGGAGGCUAUAUCGCAGGAAAAAAGGAGCUGGUGGACUACCUGCGCAGUCAUUCUCACAGUGCAGUAUACGCCUCAGCCAUGUCCCCUCCGGUCACUGAGCAGAUCAUACGUGCCAUAAGGUGCAUCAUGGGAAAGGACGGGAGCACAGAGGGCAUUAGACGGAUCCGCCAGCUGGCAGAGAACACGAGAUACUUCAGGGCCAGACUGAAGGAGAUGGGCUUCAUUAUCUAUGGCAAUGAUGACUCACCAGUGGUUCCAAUCCUGCUCUACAUGCCAGGCAAAGUGGUGGCUUUCGCUCGAGAAAUGCUGGAGAGGAAAAUUGCUGUAGUGGUUGUCGGCUUUCCAGCCACGCCGAUUACAGAGGCCCGAGCUCGCUUCUGUUUGUCUGCAGCACACACCAGAGCCAUGCUGGACCAGGUGCUGCACCAUCUGAACGAGGUGGGAGACGCUCUCUGUCUGAAGUUCUCACGGCGAAAAUAUUCCUUUCGGUCUGACCUCUGUGAUGAGACAGACUUUGAGCUGGACAGCUGAUAUGACCCCUGACACCUUCACUUCACAGUGUCAAAACUAAGUCUAAGGGGCCAAAUGUUUGGCAGCUGCUUUUUAUAUGUUUGUAAAACAUUGUGAUUUAAUAGAACACUUAUUGAAAUACUUUUAUUACACAUAUUUAAUUAUUGCACAAGAAUUGCUGCAUUGGUCUCAAAUCUUGAGCUAUUUAUCUUUUUAUAGAGAGAAAUCACAUAUUGUUAGUUCGGUUCAUCUGCACAUUUGAAGACAUUUUAGAUCAAAAGAGGGCACAUCCUUUUGUAUAAAGUUAUUGUGAUUACUCGUCUAUAUUUAGACGUUGAAAACUUUUAGGAAGCAUUUUUUGCUUCUCAUAAAUUAAUAUCAGCCGUCACUUAUUAAAAAAGCUGGUGGUAGUUAUUAUUAGAUUGUAAUGCACAUUGAGAUGCAAGGAUUCCAUUUACUUCCCUAGCACAAAGAAGUAGUUUUGUAAAUUUCCCCCUCUGGUGUAAAGCUACGUUACUAAAAUUUUGAGUCUGCCGAUUUUCAUUUUUUCUUUUAUUUUCCAAUAAAACACAAAUACCACACA